AUGGAUUUCUCUGACCCACAGGGAGGAAAAGGGUCUUGCGACCGCAAAGCGGCUACAAUUAAAACCAAAAUGAGAAUUCAUCUCAAUGAGGGUCAUGACAUCGAGGCAGCGGAGCAAAUGGUGGCAGCCAUAGAAUCACAAGGCGGUGUAUCGGGGGUACGAGUAACGUUGUGUGGCCCACAAGGUGAUGAAGUGCCUUUUCCUGUAAAAUGGGAAGGGAUCAGCUUCCUUAACAACAUGAAAUUCAGCAAAGAAGGGAUCAGAGUAUGGAGAGCCUAUGGUAUUGGACCUGGCAAACUUAAGUUAUGGGACGAUUUUAGCGGGCAUGUAGUAAAACACUGACUACCGGAACACCGGAACAACGCCGGAACACCGCCGGAACACCACCGGAACACCACCUAACCCUAACCCCAACCCUAACCCCCAAUCCUAACCCUAACCCCAACCCUAACCCCCAAUCCUAACCCUAACCCCAACCCCUAACCCCAAACAAAAUGGUGGUGUUCCGGUGUUCCGGUAGUGUUCCGGUGUUCCGGUAGUCAGUGUUUUACUACAUGCCAUUUUAGCGUGCCCAAAGAUUAUCUUCCACCAACACUCAAAGAUCCACAUGAGGUGAGCGCCUAUACCGCUUCAGUUUCAUUUACUAACAUCAUGACAAGACGACAAUCCAAAGAAACCACCGUGCCUGAACAGUUUGACUCAGCAGGAGAGGACGCUACAGAUGAAGACAAUAUAUCCAAAUGCUGA